GAUUACAAGAAAUGAUUUAUUUGGGAAACAAAUUGAUAUCAUGUACCACUGUCUUCAUCUGAUAUAAAUAAAUAUUAUCAUGGCUUUAAUGUUAGAAAACAUUUAACCCUUUGCAAAAACAAAUACACAAUAAGAAAUUCAUUAACACAAAAGAUGUGAACUCAGGUUAGUGGUGUUGGAGAAAACGUGAAACAAGAUUCAAAUCCUCGUGAAUCAAAAAUAGGCGUCUUUCCUCGCGCCAGGUUCUCGUUUUUCUUCUCUCGUGUUUAAUGUUUUUGUGCACACGUCUAUAAAGCUGAGCAUAGGAAGGUAGUCAUGCUUCAACGGAAAAGCAUGAAGAGGAACAACAACAGCGAUGCUCACACGAACAGGCAUCCCUCUCUCAAAACGACCUCGUAUCCAGGAAAACGCAUCGCAAAGGCUACUCUCUUCUUCGUUUCCUGUCUCUUCAUUUCUGCUGGUCUCUUGGACUUGUUGGGUUGUUUCGAUUUAACAACUUUUACAGGUCUGAAGCAAGUCACAACAAUCAAAAAACAACCAAUCACAACGCACCACAAGUUCCCUGACCAAUGCGACGUCGUACGGAACCAAACACAGCAACAAGAAAGACAGCAACUUCCAAUGUCCGAAGACGGCACAGAAAACGACAAAACCGGAAGCAGCCAUUCGCGACCAUCCACGUGUCCUUCAUACUUCCGUUGGAUCCACGAGGAUCUACGGCCGUGGAGAGAGACAGGUAUAACGAGAGGGAUGCUCGAGAAAGCGAGGAACAACAAGGCGCAUUUCAGGGUUGUAAUCCUAGACGGGAAGGUGUACGUUAAGAAGUACAGAAAAUCUAUCGACACUCGAGAUGUUUUUACUCUGUGGGGCAUCCUACAGUUACUACGGUGGUACCCAGGGAGAUUGCCCGAUCUAGAGCUCAUGUUUGACGCUAAUGAUAGACCAACCGUCCGAUCUAGCGACUAUAAAGGUCAACAACACCCGGCCCCACCUCCAAUAUUCCGUUAUUGCUCUGAUGACGCCAGCUUGGAUAUAGUCUUCCCUGAUUGGUCCUUCUGGGGAUGGGCGGAAGUUAAUAUUAAGCCUUGGGCUAAGUCCAUGGUGGCGAUUCAAGAAGGGAACAAGAUGACGCCAUGGAAAGACCGCGUGGCGUACGCUUAUUGGAGAGGAAAUCCUAACGUGGCCCCCACUAGGAGAGAUCUUCUUACAUGCAAUGUCUCAGACCAACAAGACUGGAACACUCGGCUGUACAUCAAUGAUUGGGUUAGAGAACCAAGAGAAGGAUUCAAGAACUCAAACUUAGAGAACCAAUGCACUCACAGGUACAAGAUAUACAUAGAAGGAUGGGCAUGGUCAGUGAGUGAGAAGUAUAUAAUGGCAUGUGACUCAAUGACAUUAUACGUGAGACCAAAGUACUAUGAUUUUUUUAUACGAGGAAUGAUGCCAUUACAACAUUAUUGGCCAAUCAGAGACAACUCAAAGUGUACUUCCCUCAAACACGCCGUACAUUGGGGGAAUACCCAUUUAGACCAGGCACGUAAGAUAGGGGAAGAAGGGAGCAGAUAUAUAAGAGAGGAAGUGAACAUGGAACAUGUGUAUGAUUACAUGUUCCAUUUGAUGAACGAGUACGCCAAGCUUCAGAAGUUUAAACCGGAGAUUCCUUGGGGAGCUACUGAGAUCAUACCGGAUAGUAUGGGAUGUCCAGCGACGGGGCGGUGGAGAGAUUUCAUGGAGGAGUCGAUGGUUAUGUCACCUAGUGAAGCCUCUCCUUGCGAGAUGCCUCUUCCUUAUAGUCCUGCGGAGUUUAGAGAGGUUCUUGAGAGAAAAGCUAAUGUGACUCGCCAAGUUGAGUUAUGGGAGGAUCAAUAUUUUAGUAAUCUGAGGAAUGGUAACAAACCUUGACCAAAGAGGCCCUUGUUUUGUAUUCAUAUCAAAGAUGUUACAAGGAAGUAGAAUCAAUGUUACAAGCAGACAUAGAGACUGAA